AUGGCUACUACAGAAGAACCCAAGAAGACUUUUAAACGUGACACCUUGGCUUUAAUAGAACAAAAAAUUCAAGAAAAAUGGGAAAAAGAAAAAAUUUUUGAGGUUAAUGCACCAACAAUUGAAGAAUUUUCUCUCGAACAGGACGAUAAUAUCUUACAUGAAAAAUACCCAAAAUAUAUGGGUACUUUUCCUUAUCCUUAUAUGAAUGGAAGAUUACAUUUGGGGCAUUUUUUUACAAUUACAAAGGUUGAAUUUGCAAUUGGGUAUGAACGAAUGAAAGGAAAACGGGCAUUGUUCCCGUUAGGCUUUCAUUGUACUGAUAAACUUGCUCGUGAAUUAGAAUUAUAUGGUCCUGAUUUUAAAAUACCUGACAAUAAUGACACAACAAUUGAUGAUAUUAAAAAAGGAGUUGAUGAUUUAACAUUGAACGACAACAAUUCAAAAAAAUUAGAUUCGUCUGGAACUGGCACAACAAAAGUGAUGCAAAAAAAAGGAAAGAAAGAUUGUAAAGCUAUGGGAGCAAAAAUUGAUUGGCGUCGAUCUUUCAUUACAACUGAUAUAAAUCCUUAUUAUGAUUCAUUUGUACAUUGGCAAAUGAGAAAGUUGAAGGUUCUUAAUAAAAUAAAAUUCGGUGAGCGCUACACAAUUUAUUCACCAAAAGAUGGACAGCCUUGUAUGGAUCAUGAUCGUCAUUCUGGAGAAGGUCUAGCUCCUCAAGAAUAUACUGGUAUUAAACUCAAGGUGAUAGAAUGGAGUGAGAAAGCUAAUAAACUUUUGGGUGCAAAUAAAGAGCUUGAAGGAAAAAACAUUUUUUUUAUUGCUGCAACAUUGAGGCCAGAAACCAUGUAA